GACAGAUUGUCAGAUUGCAGUGACAGUUUAAGACGUUUUUCUGAUAAAUCUGAUAUUUUUUCAUUAUGUAAAUAAAUUUUAAUUGUUUUCGAUGAAUAAUGUUGGAAAGUAUGCCACCGUUUAGACGAAAAAAAUCAGGCAAAAGCUUCCCGGUAAAGGUUUGCACCUUAGACGCUGAGUUGGAGUUUAAUUUAGAGUGGCGAGCGACAGGCAGGGAUUUAUUUGAGCUAGUUUGCAGGACAAUAGGUUUGAGAGAAACUUGGUAUUUUGGGCUGCAGUAUGAAGAUUCCAAAGGGUUCAUAUCAUGGCUCAAACUCGACAAAAAAGUGCAAGACCAAAGCAUCCAGAAGAAUCAUCAGACUGCAUCCUUUAUGUUCCUAGCCAAGUUUUAUCCAGAAGAAGUAGCAGAAGAACUUGUGCAAGAAGUGACUCAACACUUGUUCUUCCUCCAAGUCAAACAAGCCAUACUCUCUAUGGAUGUAUAUUGUCCACCUGAGGCUUCAGUUUUGCUAGCUAGUUACGCUGUCCAAGCUAAGUUUGGUGACUUUGAUGAAGACACAUACAAGCCUGGCAUGUUAGCUAGUGAGGAUCUGCUACCUCAAAGAGUCAUAGAUCAAUACCAAAUGACUUUAGAAAUGUGGGAAGAAAGAAUAAGGGUAUGGUAUGCUGACCAUCGUGGCAUGUCCAGAGAUGAGGCUGAAAUGGAAUAUUUGAAGAUUGCACAGGACCUUGACAUGUACGGAGUUAAUUACUUCCCGAUUUGUAAUAAAAAAGAGACUGAUUUGUGGCUUGGCGUUACAGCACUGGGCCUAAAUAUCUAUGAAAAAGAAAACAAACUGCAACCAAAAACGACAUUCACGUGGUCUGAAAUUAGGCACAUCAGUUUUGAUGACAAGAAAUUUAUCAUCAAACCUGUUGACAAAAAUGCACCAAAUUUCGUGUUCUUCAGCCAAAAAGUCAGGAUGAACAAACUGAUCUUAGACCUGUGUAUGGGAAACCACGACCUGUUUAUGCGUCGCCGCAAACCGGACUCAAUGGAACUUCAGCAGAUGAAAGCUGCCGCAAAGGAAGAAAAGCAAAGGAGGCAGGUACAGCGAAAUAGGUUAGCUAGGGAGAAACAACUGAGGGAAGAGGCAGAAAGGGAAAGGGCCACCAUGGAACAACGGUUGUUGCAGUACCAGGAGGAGAUGAGGCUCGCUAAUGAAGCGCUGCGGAGGUCAGAGGAAAGCGCUGACUUACUAGCAGAAAAAAGUCGAGUUGCUGAAGAAGAAGCGAGACUUUUGAGUCAAAAAGCAGCCGAAGCUGAACAGGAAAUCACCAGGUUACGAUUGACUGCUCUUAGAAAAGACGAGGAAAAAGUUUCUUUAGAGAGAAAAACGAGGGAAGCUGAAAUGUUGACGGCACGGUUAGUGGAAGAGUCUGAAAAAAGGGCAGCUGAAGCUAACAAGUUGAAAGAGGAACUGAUGAGAGCUCGUGCCGCUGAGAAACAAGCCAAAGAGAAGCUUUUGGAUUUUCUCAGUCGGACCACGUCUUCUUAUACGGGAUCGAACACCGCAUCACCUAUUUCUUCUGUGACAGCGCUGUACCCCCCGCCAUUAAGUCCUUGUUAUGGACCAGACUUGUCCAUUUUGGACAAUGAGCCAUCUGCUUCUCCUGAUCUUAACCUCAACAUUACCUCUUACGAUCUCAUCGUUAACGGCGCGGAUGCCGAUCAGUUGUCCUUAGAAAUUGAAAAAGAAAGGUGAGUAAGGGUUUCUUUAGAACAAUCUUCCAUUUUCUUGACAUUCUGUAUAUUUUUUGGUUUUCCAGAGUGGAUUACCUGGAGAAAUCUAAGCAUCUCCAGAAUCAGCUGAGAGAACUGCGCAGCGAAAUCGCCGUUUUGAAAGUGGGCGAGAAACAGACUGACUAUGACCAGCUGCACGAGGAGCAGGUCAAAAUGGGCGAGACCAAGUACUCUACCUUAAAAAAAAGCAAAUCGGGUUCGACGAAAAGUAGGGUGGCGUUUUUUGAAGAGUUAUAGUAUAGUCUAUUUACGUUUAAAUAUUUAUACAAGAAUUAUGUUAAGACUAAAAUAAAUAUUUUAUCCUU